AUGGUAGCAGUAGCCCUUCAGCCUAAACCAGGAUGGCUGGUUCUAGAUGCAUGUGCUGCACCGGGGAACAAAACUGUGCAUCUUGCUGCUCUCAUGAGAGGAAAGGGGAAAAUUAUAGCUUGUGAACUUAACAAAGAAAGAAUUCAACGACUGAAGGAGACUAUCAGAUUGGCUGGUGCUGCUAGUAUCCUUUCAGAGAUUCUGUCAUCCAGUGAAUGCUGUCUCUAG